GCAUCCCAUGCUCGACGGGCCAGCAGCUCAGUCGCUAAUCAACUGUACCACGGGCUGGCUGACUGGCUGCUAGCUUUCCGUUGUGUUGUGCCCGCAGUAUCAACAGCAGAGCAGUGUGUUUGAUAGUGAGGAAUCGUUGGCCAAGCAGAGAAAAGAUCCGAAAAGCAGUUCCUGAUAAGACAGCGAUCGGGAAGUGUGGCCCCACGUGGCAAAGAAGCAACAAGGGAGGCGACAUGGCUCGCGGACCAACUAUUUGGCUGGUGGUUUCGGUGCUGCUCUUGGUAAUGCACAGUAUCGUUGGUCAGCUGGAGGCUUGCAGUAAAAUACCAUCGAUCGACGGGCGUCCUGUGACCAGCAAGAAGCAACCGGGAGACAAUGGUUACCGGCUUGCCAUCCGCGAUGAACCGCAGGGUUACGAACCGGGCAAGAUAUACAAUCUAUUCAUCGUCGGUUCGCGGACGCACGCCAAGCUGCAGCAGUUCACGUACUUUACGCUCGCCGCACAGGCUAAAACCGGCAGCCGUACGCACAUCGGUGGACCGAAGCGCGUAGGACGGUUUCAGCUGUUCAGCGAUUCGCUUACCAAGUUCCACGAGCACUGCGUCAACACGGUCACCCAGGCGGACGAUUUCCCCAAAUCCGAGAUCCAAGUGAUGUGGGUUGCACCGGCCCGUGGGUCCGGUUGCGUAAGCAUCUCGGCGAUGGUAUACGAAGACGAUCAGCACUGGUACGCGGACGACGGUGCGCUCACGAAGGUACUGUGCGAGCAUAAACCGAAACCGCGGAUGCAGAAGGGCGAAUGUUGUGCCUGUGACGAAGCCAAGUACAGUUUUGUCUUCGAAGGUAUCUGGUCGAAUGAAACGCACCCGCGAGACUAUCCGUUCGCUAUCUGGUUGACUCACUUCUCCGACGUGAUCGGUGCGUCGCACGACACGAACUUUUCCUUCUGGGGCGAGAACCACAUUGCCACCGAUGGGUUCCGGAUGCUGGCCGAGUGGGGUUCGGUGCGCCUGCUGGAGGAGGAGCUCCGGGCAAAGGGUCCCCGUUUGCGGACACUUUUCAAGGCGGCCGGUUUGUGGUAUCCUCGGGUGAACGAAAAUACGACCUCCAGUUUCCGGGUCGAUCGGAAGCACCACAAGGUAUCGAUGGCCUCGAUGUUCGGUCCCUCGCCGGACUGGGUGGUGGGCAUUUCGGGAUUGGAUCUAUGCCGUGCCGAUUGUACCUGGACCGAGACGCUCGAUAUCGAUCUGUAUCCGUGGGAUGCUGGUACGGACAGUGGUAUUAGCUACAUGUCGGCCAAUGCUGAGACACAGCCACGUGAACGUAUGCAUCGGAUCACCACCCUGUAUCCGGAGGAUCCACGAGCACCGUUCUAUGAUCCGACUUCAUCCACCAUGACGCCGUUGGCACGGUUGUACAUUCGACGCGAGCGGCUUAUGGCGCGGAACUGUGACGAAGAGUUUCUGCAGGCGCAGGUACUGGAAGUGGCUGAGAAUGAAGAGGAAGAGCGGCGACCGGAAUGUGCAACCAGUGAGUAUAGUGCCUGGUCACCGUGUUCCGUAACGUGUGGAAAGGGAAUUCGUAUGCGCACCCGGAAGUACCUUCAACCGAACAAGGCUCGCAGUGUGGGCUGCAACCGUCAGCUGACCACGAAGGAGAUGUGCGUUGCACCGGUACCGGAAUGUGACGGGGCACAGGGUUCGGCCACCGAUGGAGGAGGCAGCUCGGAGGACAUAGGUAACCUGGCACCAAGUGUGGACGAAACCGGUGAGGGUAUCGGUGUCUGCCGGACAACGAAAUGGAGCGAGUGGUCCGAAUGUUCCGUUAGCUGCGGGAUCGGUGUUACCAUGCGAACACGCACGUUCGUAGAGCACGCAGGGCGGAAGAAGUGUCCUCACAUCAGUGUCGUUGAGAAGCAAAAGUGCAUGCAACCCGAUUGCUCGAUCACCGAAAUGGAAGCUCCUGAUCCACUCUGCCCCGUCACGGCCUGGAGCGACUGGAGUCCGUGCAGUGCAACGUGCGGCCGUGGGGUGAUGAUCCGCUCUAGGUUGCUGCUGUUGGCGCCCGAAGAUCAGGAACGUUGCAAGAACCGGAUUGAACUGAACCAACAGCGACAGUGUAGCGAGAAGGCGGACUGUCUGUUCGAUACCUUCACAGCGCAGGAGAUCUGUUCGCAAGCACCGGAAGCGGGUCCAUGCCGAGGAAGCUAUAUGCGUUACGCCUUCGUCAAUAACGCCUGCGUUCCGUUCGAAUACGGUGGCUGCCGAGGUAAUCGCAAUAACUUUGUCACCGCCGAUGACUGCAUGCAGACAUGUGGGACCCGGGGACGAACGGUACCGGUACGAUCGACGACUGCUGCGACGGUUGAAAGGACACGAACGGCCACCGGUAGAAUCCGCAGCCCGUACGACACGUUGCCCGUCGACUGUGUGCUUUCCGAUUGGUCUGACUGGAGUCCUUGUUCGGUGUCCUGUGGCACUGGACGAUCGGAGCGAACUCGCACCAUUAUCACACACCCACGCAACGGUGGGCAAUCCUGUUCACCCCGCGUCCUCAAGCGCCGAGAGUGUACUGGUCCACCGUGUGCCUAAGCGCUCCAUAGGGUGCCUUGAUCGUCGUUCGAUUCGACUGACUUUCGAAUAAAGCAAGUAAGCUUCGAGCAUCAUAGCAUGCUUUCUACUGUUGGGUUGUUCUUUCA